AUGUCACCUCCAAGCGGAUCAAGACAAAGAAUCGUGUUCACAGGCGGGUCUGGGGUAGCAGGCCGCCAUGUCAUCGCCGGACUUCUUUCUCACGGCCAUGAGAUCCUCAAUGUCGACAUGGCACCAUUGGACAAUCCAGACGUCUAUACACUCAAGGCAGACCUGACCGAUGGCGCGCAAGCCUUCAACAGCCUGUCUUGCCAUUUUCGUGUUAGUGAGCCCUUUAUGGAGCCAGUCAAGACGCCAGAUGCAGUUGUGCACUUUGCUGGCAUACCACAGCCAAUGAGGAGAACGGACAACGAAACGUUUCGUAUCAACAUGAUGGGUUCAUACAAUGUUAUCGAAGCAGCCUGUAAGCUUGGCAUCAAGAAGAUUAUCCUGGCCUCAAGUCUGACAGCUUACGGCGUGAGCUAUGCAGAGGGUGAUGUCGAUUACGCUCACUUCCCUGUAACCGAGGACACGCCGACGCGGCCUAUGGAUGUCUACGCAACCUCGAAGAUCUGCAUGGAGCAAACUGCGGCUUCGUUCGCCCGGCGUUUUCCAGGGGUAGACAUUUAUUGUUACCGCAUCUCGAAUAUCAUCGAGCCAGAAAAGCAAGCAGAGAAGUACGAAGCCUACCAAACAAGGCCACAGGAUUUCAAAGUACACGGCUGGUGCUACACGGACGCAAGGGACUUGGCGAACAUGGUACAUGCUGGUUUGCAGACUCAUGGAUUGGGUUUCCAGAUUUUUAAUGCGGUUAACAAUGAGACUACGGUACCACAGUCAGAGGGAAGUACCGAGACUUGGUUGAAGAAGAUGUGUCCGGGAGUAGAGAUCACCCGAAAGAUGGGCGAGAGAGAGGCGCCUGUGUGCAACAAGAAGAUGAGAGAUAUGCUGGGAUGGAAGGAAGAAUUUGGCUGGCGAAAAGCAUAG